GUGCAACAUGUCGUCAGCCACAGUGCCUGCCGGCCCAGAGGGCAGCCUUCAGGCACCCGUUCCACAGUCCUCUGUGUGGCUGCCCGGUCUUGCUCAAGCCGGCGCCUCCAACACCUUUGACUCUUCAUCCUUGAGCCCCAGUACUAUGAGGGCAAGGACAUCAAUGCACAGGACCUCAAUGACGCAGCAUUCUCGCCUCUAUGAUGUCAAGUCUCUACCUGGCAUAUCACCGUCAGGAAGCACAGGACCCAGAACUGGGAAAAGGAAGCAACCCGCAGCAUCCAGACUUCCUCCAAUUGAGUCAUCAGUCGAGACAAGUUCUAAGGAGCGUGAAGACACCAGCACCCGCAGCACCAUAUCCACCUGGCAGCAGUCCGAUUCAGACAAAUGGCCAUAUCCGGCAGGAAAGAGAACUAGGACAUCCACGCAGGAUGGGGAAUCGAAGGAAGGGAACGACCAGGGAUUGGACGCGAGCUCCAUAGCCAAUGUAAAGACCAUAGACGAUGUCAUCGAAUUUUACGGGAAGUAUGGGCAGGACGGUCCCAUCAAGUUCUUCUACUGCAACAGGGCCGACACAGGCGUUCUGUUUCGUCCGUACGACCUCGUGGUGGCGUCAAGCGAGACGUUGCAACCAGAGUACUUCACGGUCUCUGCCACGGGCGUAAUGCGCAUCAAAGAAGGGGUCCAUGCGGAAUUCACGCCCUUGUACGAGUUUGUACGUCACAAAACAAUAUUCGGGCUCUUGACAAUCAUACGGUUUUUCAAAUGCUACCUGGUUGGGAAGUUCUUCAGGAGGUGGCACAAGGUGCGAUAUGCGGACGGAAUGGUUGAUGUUGGGCUCGGCUCGCACACACAUCGCAUCUUAUGA